CUAUGAGGAUGUGUGGUGUGAGAUGUGCAAGUACGGCGAGUUGGAGGAGCUGGUUGUUUGCGAUAACAACAAUGACCACUUGAUUGGCAACGUCUACGCCCGCUUCAAGUACGAGGAAGACGCACAGGCCGCCUGUGAUGCGUUAAACUCCCGAUGGUACGCAGCGCGACCGAUAUACUGCGAGUUAUCACCGGUGACGGACUUCCGGGAAGCGUGCUGUCGGUUGAAUAGCGGGGAAGGCUGCGUUCGUGGCGGCUUUUGCAAUUUCAUUCAUCGCAAGGAUCCCAGUAAUGAGCUAGAUCGGGAGUUGCGGUUGAGUACGAAGAAGUGGCUGAAGGAACGGGGACGCGAUGCUCGGAGUGUCAGUCGCAGUCCCAGCCCGGAGCCCACCCGGCGGAGAUACUAGGUUGUUGUUCUUGUUCGUUCGUGGGGGAAAAGGGUCCAUGAGCUUUGGGAUUCGUCGCUUCUUCUCUUUUUUUUCUUUCUUUCCAUUUCUCUUAAUCCUCAUCUGUAUAACGAUUUGUGGCGUUUAUCGGGGAAGUCUGAACCUCAUCAUGACAUUGUCACUUGUAUUUUCGAUUCCCAUUCUUUUUUUUUUUUUUUGGCUUUGGA